AUGGAAGACGAAGUCGCUGCUCUCGUUCUUGACAAUGGCUCUGGCAUGUGCAAGGCGGGAUGUGACGAUGCGCCUCGCGCUGUUUUCCCGUCCAUCGUAGGACGUCCACGCCAUAUGGGUGUUAUGGUGGGUAUGGGACAGAAGGAUUCCUACGUUGGUGACGAGGCCCAGUCCAAGCGCGGCAUCCUCACCUUAAAGUACCCCAUCGAGCACGGCAUUGUCACCAACUGGGACGACAUGGAGAAGAUCUGGCACCACACCUUCUACAACGAGCUGCGCGUCGCGCCCGAGGACCACCCCGUGCUGCUCACGGAGGCGCCGCUGAACCCGAAGGCGAACCGGGAGAAGAUGACGCAGAUCAUGUUCGAGACGUUCAACUCGCCCGCGUUCUACGUCUCCAUCCAGGCGGUGCUCUCGCUGUAUGCGUCCGGUCGUACCACCGGUAUCGUCAUGGACUCGGGCGACGGUGUCACGCACACGGUGCCCAUCUACGAGGGGUUCUCGCUGCCGCAUGCGAUUUUGCGGCUGGAUCUCGCGGGGAGGGAUCUGACGGAGUAUUUGGUGAAGAAUUUGACGGAGAGGGGGUAUUCGUUCACGACGACGGCGGAGAGGGAGAUUGUUAGGGACAUUAAGGAGAAGUUGUGUUAUGUGGCGUUGGACUUUGAGCAGGAGCUGCAGACGGCGGCGACGUCGUCGGCGCUGGAGAAGUCGUAUGAGCUGCCGGACGGGCAGGUCAUCACGAUCGGCAAUGAGCGGUUCCGUGCACCUGAGGCGCUCUUCCAGCCUUCAUUCCUUGGCCUCGAGGCGGCGGGUAUUCAUGAGACAGCAUUCAACUCGAUCUACAAGUGCGACAUGGACAUCCGCCGCGACCUGUACGGCAACGUCGUGCUCUCCGGUGGCACGACGAUGUUCCCAGGCAUUGCGGACCGCAUGCAGCGCGAGCUUACCUCGCUCGCUCCCUCGAGCAUGAAGGUCAAGAUCGUGGCGCCGCCGGAGCGCAAGUAUUCUGUGUGGAUCGGCGGGUCGAUUCUGGCGUCGUUGAGCACGUUCCAGAAUCUGUGGGUGUCGAAGCAGGAGUACGACGAGUCGGGUCCGGGGAUUGUGCAUCGCAGGUUGAGGGCGUUGGAAGUCCGCAGUGGGGAAUGGAACUCCGAUUGGCUGGGCGAGCGGACGGACUGCCCUAAAUCAGGCGGCGUUAUCGACAAUGGUUCCGGCAUGUGCAAGGCUGGCUGCGAUGAUGCCCCCCGUGCUGUUUUCCCCUCCAUCGUCGGUCGUCCCCGUCACCAGGGUGUGAUGGUCGGCAUGGGUCAGAAGGACUCUUACGUCGGUGACGAGGCUCAGUCCAAGCGUGGUAUCUUGACCCUCAAGUACCCCAUCGAGCACGGUAUCGUCACCAACUGGGACGACAUGGAGAAGAUCUGGCAUCACACCUUCUACAAUGAGCUCCGUGUCGCCCCCGAGGACCACCCCGUCCUCCUUACCGAGGCUCCCCUCAACCCUAAGGCUAACCGCGAGAAGAUGACCCAGAUCAUGUUCGAGACGUUCAACGCCCCCGCGUUCUACGUCGCCAUCCAGGCCGUCCUGUCGCUCUACGCCUCCGGUCGUACCACUGGUAUCGUCAUGGACUCUGGUGAUGGUGUCACCCACACCGUCCCCAUCUACGAGGGUUUCGCGCUCCCGCACGCCAUCCUCCGUCUCGACCUUGCCGGUCGUGAUCUUACUGACUACCUCAUCAAGAACUUGAUUGAGCGCGGUUACUCGUUCACCACCACGGCUGAACGUGAAAUCGUCCGUGACAUCAAGGAGAAGCUCUGCUACGUCGCCCUCGACUUUGAGCAGGAGAUGCAGACCGCCGCUCAGUCGUCUGCUCUUGAGAAGUCGUACGAGCUUCCUGACGGUCAGGUUAUCACCAUCGGCAACGAGCGCUUCCGUGCUCCUGAGGCUCUCUUCCAGCCUGCCUUCCUCGGUCUUGAGGCUGCUGGUAUCCACGAGACUACUUACAACUCCAUCUUCAAGUGCGAUCUUGAUAUCCGUCGUGACCUCUACGGCAAUGUCGUUCUCUCUGGUGGUACUACUAUGUUCCCUGGUAUUGCCGACCGUAUGCAGAAGGAGCUGACCUCGCUCUCGCCAUCGAGCAUGAAGGUCAAGAUCGUUGCUCCUCCUGAACGCAAGUACUCCGUCUGGAUCGGUGGUUCCAUUCUUGCUUCGCUCUCGACCUUCCAGAACCUCUGGUGCUCGAAGCAGGAGUACGACGAGUCUGGCCCUGGUAUCGUCCACCGCAAGUGCUUCUAA